AUGAAGAUGAUGAGCCGAAGAAGAGGGAGAGGAGUUUGUGGUUUUCCAGCGCCGAACAGAGACGGAGGAGGACAGAAGGACAGAGUCGCCAAGUACAGGGACAAAUUUGAUCCAAGAGUCACAGCAAGGUAAUGAAACGUCCUCGAAUCAAACCAGAAAACUUUGAAUUGUUUAUUUAACAGAGUAAACUUUUGGAAAACUGUCCUCUCUGUCAACCUUAAUUAGGUUAUGGUGCAACUUUACUGCCAAAAACGAUUACAGGAGAGUUUUUAUUUAUUUAAAAAGCACCAAAAAACUGUCUCUGUAGUCACAUUUAAAAAGUGACCUCGACUUCAACAAGCCAAAAAAGAAAAAAAGGCUCGGCUGCUGAAUCUGCUCAGCUGGUGUCUCACUUUUUUAUCAGGAGAUAAUUUGUGAUAUAAUAAAAAAAGAAAAGACGUAUCAGGAGCUGUCAUGGUUCCCAGGAGGCGUUAAAAACGAGCGGAUUUAGAGCCAAACUUCACCAAACAGUCAAAAUCUGGCAAAAUUAACAAACGAAAAGGUUUCACUGCAUAAGAAACAGACGUGACUCUGCAGUGAAAGUCACCGCAUGGGCUCAGAAUGAGGUUGUCAACUCAGUCUAUCACUGCCUCCACAGAUUCAUGUUUAAAGAGCAACAAUUUAAAGAGAUGAGGGUCAAAAUGAGGGUUUUAAGGUAAAACAGCGUCUUAAACUCAUCUGUUACUUUACAAUCAAAUAUCCUUAAAUCUAGCUAUUAUUUCUUUAAGUAAAUAUGAACAGAAGAACGACUGAGUAUCAGGGCCACAUUAAGGGAAAUAAAAUUAGACUUUGAGAUUAAAGUCGUUAGUUUAAGAAUAAAGUCAUGACUAAGGAGAAUAAAGUCGUAAUAAAGUAACUACUUUCAAAAAUAAAGUCGUAAUAAAAUCAUUAUGAUACUUCUGAUAAUGUGGUGCUGAUGUGCCAAAAGAUGAAGUAUCUCCUUGUUUGAAAAACAUAUAUUGAAGUACAAAUUCCCACAGUGCUUCAUGGCUCUAAUUUCAACAACUGUAAUCUUAAACAACAGGUUAGAAUAUAAGAACUAACUUUAGUCUCGUAAGUGAUUACUUUACAACAACUUUAUUCUCGUACAUAAUUUAUUCAUCACAACUUCAUUCUCAUAAGCUAACGUCUUUAAUCCCGAAGUCUUAAAUGUAUUUUUCUUAAUGUGGCUCUAAUAUUCCAUCGUACAAAAGUUAUACUUCAUCCACAUUUAAUCGUGUUUAUAUUUCAUUUUCCUCCAUCAGAAAGAUCAAACUUAUCCUGCAAAGAUUUAAUUUCAACAUCAGGAAACAUUAAUUAGCCUCCACAUUUGUAUACGGCUGAUUUCAAGCACAGAUACGCGCUAAUAAAAGGACAAAAAGGUGGUGAGAUGUUGCGUGACUGAGCGCGCUCUGUAAACAAGCGAUAUCAUCUGAUCAGCUACUUUUAAACAUUUAUUCAUAACUGGAUUAUUUGCAGCACAACACAAGGUGAAAAGACUUAUUAAGAGCGUUUGCAGUUCUCAUGGGAGCCUUUUAAUGUCACCGGCUUUUUCUUUUCUACCCAGCUCACAAAUAUCAACCUUGAUUCAAAACAAAUUGUCUGCAGAAAAACAGGAGAUAUUCCUCCUCACGACCGAGGCCUGAGAUUACCUUCCUGUACUCGCAGGAUAAAGAAAUAGAAGUAAAUCCGAGGAAACGGCUGUCUUUAGGGGAUGUGAAUUCUUUCCUGCAUGUAAAUGAUUGCAUUGUUGAGCAGUUAUCAUCACAUAUGCAUGUAAAUAUGAGUGUCCCUGCAUGACUUUGCUGCAGCAUGCAGAUCUGUUCCCAUAGAUCACACGUGCAGCUGCAGAGAGACACUGAGUGCUCUCCGCUACAGGGUAUCAUGGGAUAGUUACGCCGUAAUGACUCAUCAUUCCCGCUCUGCCCUGUCAGAUACGACAUCAAAGCUCUGAUCGGCCGAGGGAGCUUCAGUCGGGUUGUGCGUGCCGAGCAUAGGGCCACUCGCCAGCCCUUCGCCAUAAAGAUGAUGGAAGUGGAGCUCCCAGAGGGCCGCGAGGUGUGCGCUUCAGAGCUGGCCGUGCUGCAGAGAGUGAGCCACUCAAACGUGAUCCAGCUGAUCCAGGUGUUCCAGUUCCCUCAGAGGGUCUACAUGGUGCUGGAGCUCGCCACAGGAGGGGAGUUAUUAGAGCGCGUGGUCAGCAGAGGCCGCUUCACAGAGAGGGACGCCACCCAGGCAAUCCGGAUGGUGCUCGCCGGGGUGGGGUACCUGCACAACCUCGGGAUCACCCACAGAGACUUGAAGCCGGAAAAUCUUCUCUACUAUCAUCCCGGGGCCGACUCCAGGCUGCUGGUGACCGACUUUGGACUCGCAACCUUCGGAGGCACAGGCGAGAGGUUUGAGGGGGAUGACGCAGGAGGAGAUACAGACGCAGACAAGACCUGGUCUCUGAGAACAACCUGUGGAACCCCAGAGUACAUCGCCCCUGAGAUUCUGCUGAGGAAACCCUACACCUGUGCGGUGGACCUGUGGGCGAUGGGAGUGAUUGCUUACAUCGUUCUGAGUGGAUCCAUGCCGUUUGAAGACGACAGUCGAACGCGGCUCUACAGGUCCAUCAUGAGGGGAAAGUACAGCUUCCAUGGAGACGUGAGUUUCUGCUAAAUUUGAUCAGAUUUUGUUUUUUUCUUCAGGCCCUUAUUUAUAUUUAAAACAAAAAUCAACAGUUUACAGACUUGAAGAGAAAGCUGGAGGCGAGAACGGAGUCAAACGCUCUCUUAAACAGACGAACAAAUGGAGUGUAGCUUUAACUCAGACAGGACAUAAAGUCAAACUCAGUAAUUAAGCCGAUCUGAACGCUAACACACAUCAGCUGACAACCUCGGGCUUAAGUACGCCGAGAUGACAAAUUUAAGAAAGGGAACUCUAAACUGCUGCAGUCUGCAACCCAGCCUCACCUGUUCACUCUGUGUCUGAUUCAACAGUUUCAUCAGUUUUCUCACUGGUACCCGUCUGUUCUGUACCCUGUUGGUCUUUGCUGCUGCUCUCCCUGCCUUGGCUACGCACAUCAGUUUAGCAUUUUCCUAUAAAAAGAAUAAAAGUUAAGAGCGUAUAGGAGCUGGGUAUAGUUAAAUGUUGCAGCACCAACUUUACUGUACGUCUGCGGUGAAUAAUAAACAAUAGAAAAAGGAGGUGUGCUCUCCCUGCAACAGGCUUUGGCUGAGGAGGGUAGAGAGCUCUUAAAACAGAGACAGACCACUAGGGCUGCAGCUAUCGAAUAUUUUAGUAAUUUAGUGUUCUGUCGAGUAUUCCAUCGAUUAAUCAAGUAAUCAGACCUAAACAGCAGGCUCAGACACAGUGAGAUUUCCUAUGUCACAAAUCAAAGCUCCGCCCCCGGACAAUUGCGGAACAAGCAUGUGCGUUAGCGGAUUGCAAUUUUCGUAAGAAAGCUACUUAAGAUAUUAACUUUCAUCAUGUUCCCGAAGACAUUAGUGUCCGAGAGCUGAAUAACUCCUUUGUUACCUUCUUCUUCUACUACACCAGCAAUGUUCGGCUGCAAGCUAGCAUGAAGAGAAGAGUGCAGAGCAGUGCUGUCUCCGCCCACGACUCAGAGGCGAAUUGCUAAUGAGCGAUUGGAGCUCUGCAGAAGAAAAGACCCUCUCAUCAAUCAUUUUUUCCGCUCCGCAAAACCAAAACCUGCGCGUUGUGUAACCUUGAAAAUAAUCUGAUUUGAGCUUCUAAACGAGAAUUCGAGGCAGAGAAAAUUCCCCGAUUAUUUUUUGUAAUCGAGGUACUUAAGGAAUCAUCGCAGCCCUACAUACCACCAAAAAUAAUACAACCAUACAACUGAUUAUAUUGACAAAAGUAACUCUGACUGAAAUCACUUUUUAAAUGUAAACUAAUUUAGCAGAUGUAUGUUUAUUGUUGUUUAACUGCAUUUUACUCUGUUCUAGUUGAGUUCAAACUUUGUACUCGGGUGUUUAUUUUAAGUAAACCACUAUUUCUUCAACCCGAUCAUUUCAUCCUCUACCUAGCUUCGGCUCAUGGUUACACCAACCAGUGACAAACGAUAGCUGGGAAUAAAAACAGACCAAUAACUCACUGAAAAAUCACCAGCCCGAGUAAACAAACACUUUAACUGGAUACAAAGUUUCUCCGGUGCGUGACGACAAAAAGUUUUUGUUCCUAGCGACUAAAAGUUCCAGAAGCAAAAAGUCGUUCUCUCAGUAUCCCAUAGAAAUACAUACAUAUUGGAUGACUCUGUCCAACACAAUUUAUUUCCAGUGCCAAUGCGUGCUGUAUAUGAAGCAAGGUGGAGACUCGGAGAGAGGGAGCAGGCUGUGGUGAUGGAUGAGCUUGUAGCUCAGGUAUGAAAAGUAGCAGGUCUGGCUAGUGCUACAAAUCAGUAGACAGGUCCGGGGUACGGGAGUAUUACUGUGAGUAAGUCUGUGCAACUUUUUUAAAACGGCUAGAAGAGAUUUACUCAAAGUCAGCUGAUUCAGAGGAAGUGGUAUUUUUGGGUUAAUUGUACGUCUGUGAGAUUGACGCACAGCUUCAUAACUUGAGAAAGUAGGUCGGCUAACAGCUGAUCCAUUAAAGUCAUGCAGUUUCUUUCCUCUGCAUUUGGUCAUAUAUACACUAAUUUGAUGCUCCUUACAGAUGGGAAGAUUCAUGAACAUUUCAUUGAAUAAUAUAGAUGGAAAACAGUUAUUGUUGCCAAGAGAAUGAAGGGCGUUUUUCAACUUUUAAAAAAGUUUAACUCUGUUAUUUCCCGUUUUUAAAAAAUCUGUUUGAAGCGUUUUCCAAUCCGCCGUUUCCAUUUUUACAUCCAGACUUUUCCACGAGACACUGGUCUGGUCUGGUUUGUGGAGCGUCGCGUUCACGCUUUGUGCAAUUAUUCAACAGCAGCACGUGCGCACAAAGGCGCCUCGACGACAGAGGAGGAAAAAUAUCCUCACCUUCAUCAUUUUUAUUAGACGCACCGCAAAUAGCUGCAAUAUUCCAUCUCCCGUCCUGAUACGAGUGAAAAAUAAAAUUCAACAGAGCAUGUUGCAGUGAAGGUGUGUAAACAAGGUGAUGCCGUCUUUCCUUGUUUUCAUCCCUCCCUCUGCAACACUGUAAAGCACAUGAAUAGAUCUGCAAAAGUUUGUUGUUGCGACUCGAGUUCGGCUUUUUGAGAAUGCUUGGAAAUGUGGAAAAAGGCGGUCUGCGUGUUUUCUUUUCCCUCUUCUCCUCUGUCAUACAUCCCAGGGAGUGGGUAUUUUUAACAGCCGGUUCUGUCAAGCUCAGUGGUGAGUUUGGGCUUGUUCUUUCACGCUGAUUACACCCAGGGCUGGAUUAUUCACUGGGCUUUAAGCCUGGCCCUGAUUCUCAGGGAUGCAGUCUGACAUUUUAGUCUGGCAUACGAGAAGCUCCCUUACAUAGGCCCUGGACUAUUAUCCCUGUGUUUACCGCUGCACUGACCACCAACUCAACAAUUGUGAAAAAAAGAAACCCUUCCAGAGUUUAUGCAAGAGGCUUAUUUCACGUUUUUCAUGGUGGCUUUGGACGCGGCUCGUAUGUAGGCCACACUGGUGGAGGAAAAUCCUGGGGAAGAAAGAUGAAAACCGUGUUUUAUAGAAAUCCAGAAGGCAAUUUGAGAUAGCAGAGAGGAUGCCUUCGCUCUUAUUGGAAAAAUGACCGCACAGUUUGCCCCAGUGUGAACUUCACUUUCAUAAUGCCAGAGAAAUAAACCCUUAAAGUCAAUAUUUGAUUUUAAUAAAUCAUUUUUGAUCACGUUGUUGCAGUUUCAGAGCAAAUCAUAUUCUCAAAACACUGAAAUACUUUACUCAGCCUCAUCAUCACCAGGUGCUCUGAAAGAUUAGAAAAAUUAAAUCGCCUGCAUAUUUUCAUUUCAAUUAAAGCUCCUGGGAGGAUUUUUCGGUUGGUGCCAAAUUCAGCGCCCUCUUGUGGACAAAGCAGUCUUCACCUCAGUCGUGUCUUCAGGCAAUAACAUCCUCCUGUUGACUUAUGAUACUCUCAUGUAACUCUGAAUAUGAAAUUUGGAUUGGGAAUUGGAACAUAUAAACAUUGAAAAAAACUCCUUACUGUGGCUUUAAACAGCUCAAAGGAUUUGACAUCUUAAUUGUCAUACUUGAACUCCACUCUCCUAACAAGUCUCUCUAACCACCGGCUGCAUCGCAAACCCUAAAAGCUAGCCAUGAUGUCAAAAGGUUAUAUCAUCGCGAUUAAUCAAUUUUAAAUCGUAAUCGGAUUAUUUAAUUAUGAUGAUGUUAAAAAAAAUAAAAUCAUCAAAUUGAUUUUCCUCUCUAUCAUGUCUCGUGCCUCCAGGCCACCGUAGACUACCCCUUCCUGCAGGAGCGCCCCCCAGUUCCCACACACACCAGUGUAAACAAACAUGGCGUUUGUAAAAGAAGGCGAUAAUUUCGUGGUUAAAUAAGACGAGAGCAAGUCAGUCGCCCAUUCAGAUGAAGAGCAAACCACUCCACGCUGUAAAGUCUGUCUGAAGGCGGUAUCAACCCGUCACCACGGAAACGAAUUCAGGCGCUUUUUUUGUCGUAUCAUCCACACGGAAACAGCGUUCCAGGUGAUUGUAAACAGUACUUUCUGAGAGAGUGCAUAAAUCUGUAAACGACGACCAUUUCAUCUCCACGUGAAUGACUAUCUGUAUCUCUGGAAACGAUCAUGUGACACACAGAGUAACUCUUUUAUGGCAUCAAAACAACCUUAAUACUCUUCUUCUAUCUUUUGUGCAUUUCCUGUGCAACAUUACAGCGCCACUUACUGGCUUGGCAUAUGCACUACAUCAUUUUCAGUGGUUUAGUUUUGAGAGAUGAUAGACAAACUGAUUAUUUUUCAAGUGAAGUGUUUGGUAAAGUUGUCACUGAAUAAAAAAUCUAAAUAGAAAAUCAAGUUUUUAGAGAAAAAAAAUCAGGAUUUAAUUUUUGGCCAAAGUCGUGCCGCUUUAAUCAUCGACAAACAACAAACAUGCGUAUUUUGGGUAGUUGGAAGUGUGAUCCUCUUUCUUAAGGUCACCAGCUAAACCUGUCACUCCAUCUGAAACGCCUCCUGCCAAUAUGUAUGUGAUCCACAGCGCUCUGACACGCAGUAAAGACAUCAAUCUGUAUGUUCACACACACUGACAAAAUGAAGACAUCAGACAUGCCCGAGUAGCAGUCCAGGACUUGAUGGAUCAGCCAUCAAUCUCGUUUUCAUGUUGACAAGACACUUAUUCUCUGUCACAUUCAAGUACCCACCCCCUCUGACAGACAGACCACAAACACACACAUACAACACACGCGGUAACACACACACACACACACACGGUUUGGUAGAUAAUGAUGUUAUAAUGCGCGAUGAAGGCUCACAAGUACCGACCAAAUGUGGACCUCUGCCAUCACGAGGACCCUUCAUGUCACUCAGAAGUGUGCUUCUCCUCGGGACAAGAACAGCUUCAGCAGCCUGAGCAAUUCCCUCCACAUAUUAAACUCCACUUGAAGAGUUUUAUUUGAAAUGAGCCGUCCACCAACCGAACAAAGUGACAGGAAGAGCAGGAGAGAGGGCCUGCUGCUUUUCAUAGCAAUGAGGAGAUUUAAAGCCUGUUUUCACUCACAAGUGAUCGAACAAGGCAGCUCGGUCAGAGGUCGAAUGUGUCAAAACACCAGAUUGACCCGAGCGUACGGCAACCCUGGUUCUAAAAGACAAACUGUAUGAAGAGACUCACUAAAGACCUGAUCUUGUUUCUGUGUGGGCGGUUUUUUGAAUUAGUAAAACAGAAACCCUGAAAAGUGAAGGUUAAGUUGAUGUUUCUAACAACUUUUAAAUGAAAUGUUUUCAGUAUCUUUGAAUGAAAUAAAAGCCAACAGGAGUGUAAAUGUUGCACACACACUAGAAGAGCGAUGACCUGUCUUUCAUAUCUCUAGGGCCAGCAAAGUCAGCUAACAACAAAUAUAAUGGUAUUUUAGUCAAAUAUUUAUAAACCAUCAAAUAUUACCUCUGAUUUCAAGUAAUUGGAUCUGGACAGCCUUUGAAAAUGCACCGAUCAUCUCUGUAGCGUAGAAAAAACAUCCUAGACGUCAAGGAAACGCGAAGUUUAACCCAGUGAGGCUGUCAGUCUCACGAACUGAGUGGAUUUUACUCUAGGGUGACCAUACGUCCUCUUUUACCCGGACAUGUCCUCUUUUUUCCGGGGCUGUCCAUCUUUGUCUGGGGGAGUGUAUAAAAUCCUUUAUAUGUCCACGGUUUUGUACGGAAAUUUUGAGUUUGUUUUGCGUGGACUUACUGAGUUAAAAGCACAUAAAAGACACUCGAUGUGACCCGAAAUACUCUCAAAAUUUACUACGCGCAACUCCAUGACUCCACCCCCAAGUAGUCGUGUCCUCUUUUUAGAGAUUCAGAAUAUAGUCGUACUAUUUUUUUCUGGUCAACAGACCUUUGCAGGUCAGCUGAUGGCAAAUACAGCCUCUGAUUGGUCAACAGAACAAAACAAAAAUGGCAGCCUACUUCUAGCAAAGUCAGUUAACAACAAAAAUAAUAGUAUUUCUUUACAGUUCUUAAAAAAUUAUCACAGUUUACCUUUGUUUAGAGUAAUAUGAAGUAAUUCUUCAUCACUAGUUGUCAUGGAAACACGAAGAGUUUACCCCCGGUCUCACGCACUGAGUGGAUUUUACUGUGAUUUUGUACAUUGUACCAUUCUGUACUAACUUUUAACUUCUAACUGGACCAUCACAGAUCAGCUGAUCACAAAUACGACCUCUAAUUGGUCAACAGAUCAAAACAAAAAUGGUAGCCUAUAUCCAACAAAGUCGGCUAAUCGUAUUUUUUUACGAUUCUUAAACAAAUCAUCACAGAUUACCUUUGUUAAGAAAGUGGAUCAGGACAGUCUCUAAAAACACUGAUAGAAAAAAAAGUAGAUAUAAAAUUGACAGAAAAAUAGAAAAAAAAACAUAUAAAAAACACUAGUUGUCAUGGAAACACCAAGAGUUUACCCCCGGUCUCACGUACUGAGUGGAUUUUACUGUAAUUUUGUACAUUGUACCAUUCUGUUCUGGCUUUUAACUUCUAACUGGACCAUCACAAGUCAGCUGGUCAUAGAUACGACCUCUGAUUGGUCAACAGAUCAAAACAAAGACAGCAGCCUCCUUCGAGCAUGUUUAUCUGGAUGUCACAGAAACAAACUUUAAAACACAGAGGGAGUAGAUUUUACUGUAAUUUGGUAUGUUGUAUUAUUUAAUGCAGUAUCAAGAGAGUUUUAUCACAACAGAAGUCAUUUUAAAAGCAAACAUUAACUUGUCAGAGUGAAGAAAAAAAAACAGGUGUUAUUAAAAAGUAAUUAUUCAUUUUUAUUCAAGUGUAUCUACCAGCUCCCUAAGAAAUCAUUAAUCAUCAUUAUCAUUAGAUUUAUGAAUGAACACUGUAAUUACAGUGAGAGGAGAGCUUUUAAACUAUAGUCUGCUACUACAGUUCACUAAAACAGGACUCAGAGAGUGGGCUGCUGUGGACUGUGUGCAGGUCUGGGUCAGGUUAGAGGAGGGGGUCACCUGAGACAGACCACAUUAGAGGAGAGGAGACCAGACUGAUCUGUCUGACUCGGCCUCACAAUGACUCAGCUUUUAUUCUCUGUGUUUGUUUGGAUGAGUGAUUUAGAUUUAAAGAUGAUUUCACCACUAAUACCCAGUUAUAAAGUACAGAAUAUAUCAACUUCAUUAGAUAAAUUAGUUUUUUAAUUUAAUUAUGAUGAGCUGAACUUCUUUCCUAAACGCUGACGAGCUUUUUUAUCUUAGAUUUCUUUUCACUGAAGCAUCUGAAGCCAGACUUCCACCUUAUUUUAUAUCUGGUCCAUCUUUGCUCCCUCGAGUGGAGCCGGCCAGGUUUUCUGUGUCUACAACUAAAAUUUUAUUAGGACUUUUAGCACCCUCACUGCUCUGCUGAAAUGUGGAAAUCUGGCUUCUGACUGGACCUUUACAGGCCAGCUGAUCACCCAUACAGCCUCUGGUUGAUCAACAGACCGUAGCGAAGAUGGCAGCCUUCCACAGCUUAUGGAAUAAAUGACAAUUUCUCACUAGGAUUAACAUAAAUCAACACGGAUUGACUAAGUUUUUGUGGGGUUUAAUCAGGACAUUCUUAGAAAAUAUACUGAUCUUCACUGUGGGGUGAAAAUGUUGACUAUGGGUUGUGUCAUUAUGCUGCUUUUCUUGCAUCUUGACCUCUAAAUUAUGUAAUCUCACUUCAAAAAUACUGAAAUGUCCCUUUAAACAUUAAUUUGCAUUUCUGUAUCCAGUUAAAUCUGAUCAGGAUUAAAUCAGAUCAGAGAGAAAAACACCUCAGUGUGAUUUUCUGAUAUUUUGACGACUUCCUGAGAUCUUUUGUUUGUGAGAAAGUAAUAAAUUUAGUCAAAAGUAAGUUUGAAAUCAAUCUGGCAGUAAGAAUGACGAACUUCGAUGACCUCUUUUAUUAUUCCUCCUGUCUCCAGAUGUUUUUGAAAAGGUACUUUUCUCUCUUCUAUGCAAAUGAAUACACAGGGGCUGCAAUUACAAAAAGCUUCCUCCAAAGGAAUCGGUAACCUUUCCUGUUUGUUGAAGCAGAAUACUAACACACAGUGAAUGUGAGCGUGUGUGGGUGAGUGUGGGUGGGCUGGGGGGUUUUAGAAGGAGGUGAGAAAUGCAAACUACCCCCGGCACCUGCCCACAAACCAGAUCCCUCUUCCUGUUUGCUCUCAUACAGUCCACAACAUGGCCUCCAUACAGUCCCCCUAAAGAGCCUUUGGCCUUGCGACCUGUAGUCCAGGCUCACACUGAUGCAUUUACUCAACACUAGGGGGUUAGGAGGGAGAGAGGGAGGGAGGGAGCAGGAGAGGGAGGGGGAGUGAGAGGAGACGGGGAUGGAUGUCAGGAUGGAGGGAAAAGAAAGGAAGGCAGUGGAGGAACGGGUGUAGCCUUGGGGGCUUUUCGCACCUUAUCACUCAAUCCGUUAGCUGCACGUAGCGUGGAGCAGUUCCCCCCCUCGCACGGAAUCACAGCAUCUCAUCUGGUGUGUGUAAGUGGAUUUCUCUGCAUGCACGUGCGUAUGUGUGUGCGUUUGUGUUUGUGUGCACGAGUGUGUGGUGUGGUGGCAGCUUUGUGUAUGUAAAGCACAAAUCCUUGCAGGCCAGACAGCAGCAAGGUAACCUCCUCUGCAUUCUGCUGCUGCUGCUGUUAUUGAAGACACACUUCCCUGACCCAACCCAAACAUCUGCAUCCCUCAGCAGCAGAAGCAGCAAGGCAGCAUGGGUAACGGCUGUCCCACUCUGCCCCCUAGUGAGCAAGAGGGGAACAAAAAUCUCCAGCCUCUGCCUCUGCACAGAGUAUUGUACAUGACAGUCCAAUCUCCUCUGUAUCCGCUGUAUUGAUAUUUUGAUUUAGCCGGACUCUCACCUAAAUUAGCAUCCGGCGAACCUCGUCCUACUAAACUCAGACUCAUUAUGAUGUUUAAAAUUUUAAGGCUUGAACCCUGGCGUGUGCCUCCCUCCUGGCCUGGAGGGAAAGACCUUACGUCUCUUGUUUAGACCUUGAGAAGAUUCGUUACUCUGUCGCAGGUCAUGACGACAAAAUCAGAAAGGUUUGUGGACCUUUUCUGACAUUUAGAAACUCUCAUCGUUUCAAAUCAGCUCUCCUCUUCUAGUUGUUUUCUUCUUGAAAUAUAUAUCUGUGAUGUUUUAUAAUCAUACAAUUUAAACUCUUAUCUCUUUUAUGGACGUUUUCAGUUUUCAGUGACUUGUCUACAUUUGUAUUUCUCUUAACGUACAGUAAGUAAUUUAACUUAUUUUCUAUUUACUUUUUAUUUCUCAACGUCGUAUAUAUUUCAAGAUCUUCAAAACCCGAAUUCCAGCACUUACUUGUUUUUUUUAUUUUUGUUUUGUUUUAGCUCCAGAAUUUGUAGGAUAUAGGAAUAGGAAUAUCCAGCAGGGUCUUGAGGGAAAGGGGGUGUUUGUGAUUAAUGCUUCCUCAGUAUCUUGUGUUCUUUCAAGAGUUGUACUGUAUUCAAGGUGGGGGAGGCAGGACUCCAUUAAAGAAGCAUCUUCUUCUGUGGUGUAUUCACAAAAAAGCUUUAAAUAUCAGUCAAAAGUUAUUAGUUAUUGAUGACAUUUGGUAAUAUAACGAUAUCGCCGUGUUCUCUUAUGUCUGUAUAGUCAACAUUUUACAUUUUUUGAUCGGCCCGCUCUUUCCGAUUGGUUGUGAGGCAGACGCUGCUCCCCCGAGUCGUUCACGAGCCCAAACAAAGUUAGUGUGCUACAAUAUCGGACAGUAGAAACCAACCAGAAAGUUCGGAAAAUUGUCUGAAUCCUCCUUUGGCCACGACUGCCGACACAAGCAAGAAAACAAAUUAAAUACCGGAGACUCUGGAGGAAGAACGGGCGCUUAAAACGGAGGUAGACCGGACAAGAGCUAAAAAGCCGGGUCAACAUAAACGAUGGGGGACGCUUGGGGAUCUUGGUGACCCUGUAACCUUUCUGCUGGACAGGUAAACCGCUUUAACAAAGUAAGACAAGUGUCUGUAACAGAAGUGUUUCUUGUCAAACGGACCUGCUGUAGCGUGUUGUAGCGCCAUCGCUAAACUGUCCUCCCUCGGGUCCUGGACUAUGUCACUUUAUCCUAGUUGUAGAAGUCCUGCAAACAUUGUGUUUGCUGGUAGUCUGUUGGCAUCUACAGUAGCACCAAUGCUUUUGACUUUCACCUUGACUGGGCCCCAUUUGUAAUGAUCUGAAGUGUUUAUCUGCAUUAUAUCUGAAUUUAACUGGAACGAUACGAGCGAGCAGGAGCGUCUGUUUGUGGGCGGGGCUUAAGAGAGGGAGGGGAGAGGAGGAGCUGAGGGGAAAACUGGUUGGGAGGGGUAGAGUUUACAUUCAAGAUUUCUCCUAAAAAUGGAACUAACUCAGAUCCUGACUACACCACCUUUGAUCUGUGUAACGCUAAUAAAAAAUGUUGUGUAAAAAAAAUUCGGGGCUGUUGCAGGAGAAAGUGGAUCGUGAGGCGGAGGAGACUCUCAGACAGAGUAGUUCAUUACUCAAAAGUGCAUUAUCCUCGUGAUCACAUUAGCGUAAUCCAACCUUCGAGCGUUUUCGUCAUUUGUUGCAAUUACAGCUCUGUCAGGUGAAGAUGUAGCGCGCCGCAAACACAGUCUGCAGAGCUUCUCAUUCACUCUAACAAGAUGCUUCUCAAUAAGUCAAGCCCUGUAGCUUCCUCUACAGCUUAUGCCGUACCUGCACUCUACUUGUCUUCCCUCCUCCUCCUCCUUCUCCUCCUCCUCCUCUCUCUUACCUCUGCUGGCUCCACGGUGAUGUAUCACGCAGACUCUCGCCCCUCUCUCCAAACACAAUAAAGCCUUUGUGUUUUUUGACGUGAAAAAUGUCGAGAAUAAGAAAGGGAGAUAAAGCUCCUGCAGGUGGCUCCAGUCCAGGAAAACAACAUGUCGUUUCUUCUUUAGGUGUUGAUAGCAAAGGGAGGAAAACUUUUGCUACCACUUAGGAGAUUUUUGCCGACAUCACUCACUGCGAGUAGCAAUACCAGGAAAUAAAGACCGGGAGAGCCAGAGGGGGAAUGUAAACUUAGAGAGUGGUGCUUGUGAUGUCGAGGCAACAAACAAAACAGACAGUGUGAGUACAGUGAGAGGAGAUCCAAUUAUCCAGUGUGCAUGAUUAAAACGUACAGUACAAGAUGCAAAAACACAAACGCAAUUAAGCCGACGUAAAUGAACAAAUUUAAUUAGCAAAAAGUGUCAAACAAUUAAAACCCAAAUUAAAGCCACAACAACAAAAUAUCACGAUUCAUUAAAAACAGCUGAAGAUUAGUUAGAGCAGGAUCAGGCACUUUAAAGAACUGUGAGGAACUUUUGAUUUUGGCGCCCCCUGUGGACAAAACAGUCAUUGCUCAUUUUGUCCUCUCCAUGCUAUUAUAGUAAAACCAGGCUGUUUCUUUAUGAGGAGGGCUGACACCUACCCCUCACACCAGUUUUUAGGAACAAAAACUUAGGAAAUAAAAAUAUGAUCGUCUCUUACGCUUUCUGACAUUAUAAAAAACAUCAAUAUGAAUUUCAGUCUAUUUCAUAAAUAUAAAAAAACUCCACACAGGAGCUUUAAUGACAGCAGCUGCCACACAAAAGUAGUACAUUACCAAAUAUUUAGGCUAUAUCAUUGUUAGCAUGAGACUCGAUACAAAUUUAUUGAUACAGACGCCAUUAGCAUCUAAAAUUACACUAGUUCGCCAAAAUUAAUACAUAAAUCAUUUCAGAUUAUCUUCAUAUUUGAAGGAUUGGAUCCAAAGUCUUUGGAAAUAUGCUGAUCCUAAAUGUUACACACAGAGUUUAUAAAUGAAAGGCUGUAGGUCCCACAGAGCGAGUGGAUUUUGCAGAAUGUCGUAUCGCUCUGUUCUAGGAGUUUGUAUUUUGAGCACAAUGAUAUAUACAACAAUGUUUUGGAUCACUCCUGUCUGCUAUUUGGUUCGUGUCUUUUGUAACACAAACAGGGCAGAGUGAAGGUGUGAACGGGGGAACCGAUUUAAGCAAAUCAUGUGAUGACUUUGGGCCAAUCCCAAUUGUCACCCCUUUCCUCUGUUUUGAGGACUAAGGGGUUAAAACACGCUCCUAAGAAAUGAGACACCACUCUAUUCCCACUAUGUCACCAUGCCUUGCCACUUGCUAGCUAUGUGGUCGGCUAAUGAGACAGUACUGGUAAACAAGUCGUAAAACAACAUACUGUUGUAACGUUAAACCGUUAGCUGUUGUUCGCGAUAGCGGUCUGACGUCAGUAUAGCAAUCAAUAGCUUUAGCUUAGUUAGCUAGCUCGUCAUAACAUGCGAUUUGAAAACGCAAACAAUUCAAAACACAGCUAAUAUUUACGCGGAGUAGCAAAGGAUUGAAUAGCUGAUUAAAAAAACUUAUGUGCCAUAUCUAUGAAAAUCAUAUUAAAAUCUUACCCUUUACUUUCAAGUGAGGUACAGAGAAUCGGGACACCUCUUUACUUGACGUGAACACACGAAAUCGAGGGCUAAGGGGUGCAAUUGGGACUGACCUUUAAAGGGAUAUUAUGGUGUAAAAUUAAGUUAGGGUCAAACACACCGUAACACUGAGUUAGACACCCCCUCCAGGGAUGAAUGUUGCCGACCGCUUGCUUCUCUAGUUAUACCAACUUUAGUAACGACCGCAGGAUAGCAAUACAGAGAGGUCUGAGGAGCCAUAAACAAACCUCAACCAAAACGCCACUCUAUAGCCACAAAUAAUGCUCAGAACACUAUCACUAUCUCAUCUAUAUUAUCCGGGUUUGACUAUAAGAAGGUUUUAUAUGAUGCCGUUUCAGUGGGACUGCACCAGCUGACUGCAGACCGGCUCAUAUAUCAGUCUUUGUACUAAAGGAGGAGGAGGUGGAGACAUCCAUUUUUUAACAGUCGAUGGUGUCGACUCUGCGAAGGCAUCACCAUUUCACAAAGCCAGUCGUAUGUUCUCGCAACGCUGCAUCAAGGACAAGAGGCAUCUGCUAGCACCUGCUGCUAUCACAUAUGUUUUUCGUGGUGCAGUAAUAAGAAGCCUCACUGAAUCACCACCAGUGAUGUAGAGGGAAACCAGACUUGUUAGCUGUGGGAGCUCAAUCAAACACUUCCUCUCCUUCCCGGGCAAAGUGUCACUCUGUCUGCCUCUCAGGUGUGAAAUAACAACACAAAGAGAGGAAAGUUUGAGUGAGAAGCAUUUCUAUGACUCGAUCAGUGGGGCAGCUCUGCACUCACACACACACACACACACACACACACACUCCUCUCCAGUCAAUGCACUGUGAGAAUAAGCGAGUCCCUGCUUCUUUGAAUUCCUCUCACCGGCAACAGUCUCGCGAUUGUCAAUUUCAUGCUUGAUUAAUUGUCAUUACUCGGCGAGAGACAAAAAAAGAGGGAGAGAGAAAUGCAUUUCAGGAUUAAAAUGGAGAGCGAGACCUCCCUAAAGAGUGAGAUUUAGUCUGUGCGAGGUUGAGCAAAAAAUGAGCAUUUUUUUUUUAAUUUUACACUUACAGAUGUAUCUGCUGGCUUUUAUUCUCCACAGUCAGAGGAGAGAGUAUUCAAGCUAAUUGGUGGGCGACUUUGGUAAUAACGUUUACAUCUUAAGCUGUGGGAAAUUAAGCUUGAAAUGGCAAAAGUGCAUUUAUGAUAUAAAAGUGGAGGCUUCUGUAAAGAACCUUUAUUUCGUAGACGCCCCAGUGGACUUUGAAGUUUGCAAUUACUCUUUACUGACCCUUUUAGAUAUCAGAAAUGUCUUUGACCAUAUUUUUUUAUGUGGGGAAAACGGUUAGCAUGUUGAUUUUUUGCAGUUGCUAGCCUAACAUGUUACUGCAAUGUUUCAGUCAGAUUUUCUUUUGUCACUUAUAAAAAGGUGUUAAUAUUAGCGUAAUUAGAUUAGUAUGAGCAGUCCUUUAUAUGUGUAUAAUGGAUGAGCUGCCUGUAUCAGACUCCAAAAAAGAAGUUAUAGUAUUGCUUAAAAUAUCAAUUGGUUUCUAAAUAGUGUGGGAUAUAUACUUUAUACAUCCGAGGGCAACGGCUGAAGUUCCACGUGAUGUUCUCCAUGAUAUGACCAUGAGACAACCUUACCGCUCAUACUCUUGUUGGGAAUGUGGCUAAAAUAUGUGAGUCUUCAUCGUUCCUUCUCAGAGGUCUACUUCUAUCUUCCUUUCUUCUUUUUUUUUGUAUUUUUCUUCUACUGCUUCUUUUACAUCUUCUUUUUCUUCAACUUCUUUUUUUUUCAAUUUGUUCCACUUUUACUUUUUUUUCUACUUCUUUCUACUUGUUCUUUUUCUUCAACUACUUCUUUUUCUACUUCAUCUCAUUUUUCUUCAGCUUUUUCUACUUCUACUACUUCUUCUACUGCUUAUUUUUGUCUACUUCUUUUACUUCUUUUUCUUCUUGUUCUUCUACUUCUUCCACUUUUUCUUCUUCUACUUCUUGUUCUACUUCUACUUCUUUUUCUUCAACUUUUCUACUUCUACUACUUCUUUUUCUUCUACUUCUUUUACUUCUUUCUCUACUUCUUCUGCUACUUCUACUUCUCCCUCCUCUCAUUCUUCUUCUACUUUUUCUUCAUUUUAUUACUUCUUCUUCAACUUUUUUUUCAACUUUUUCUACGUCUACCACUUCUUCUACUACUUCUUUUUUCUACUCCUUUUUGACUUUUUUCAACUUCUACCUUUUUUCUACCACUUCUUCCACUUCUUCCUCCUCUCAUUCUUCUUCUACUUCUACUUCUUCUACUACUUUUUCUUCCUCUUUUUUCUGUUUAUAAGUAUGCAUAAAUUGGUGUGGAGGUUGUAAAACGGAUAAUCAGAGAAAAGACUGAGCAGUGAAGCAGUUUCUGAGUGAAGUCACACACUUCAUGUUGACAUUAACAUCAAAAAAGUAACAUCACUGUAUUGUUCUAAUAUCUGUAGAAGCAGCUGUCAUCUCUCCCUAAAUAAAUCCACCCCGGUGUCCAUGUCAGUGAUAUCUCAUUAGAAAUAAAGAGGAGACACAAAGGUCAUGAGUGUCCUGAGGCAGACCUCUGUAAUGUUGUCGUCAUGACAAAGAACCGAAGCUGCUGUGAAUAAUUGAACGAUCCUGAAUGAUGAUGAUGAUUCUGAUGUCUCCUCUCCUGGUGGAGAUACGGCGUGUCAGAACUCGGAGCAUCCUUGAAUGUCAGCUGAGGUAAUGAGGAGGGGAGCGAUUUACUGUUUGAAUUAAAAAAGAGCGAAAGGCUCCGGCGAGGCUCAUCUGCCGAGCCUUUAUUGUGAAGCUAAACGCAGGCGAAGAAUAAACACGCACCCAAAUCCCACACAUUCAGCAGCAGCAGCAGCAGCAGCAGCAGGGCCGUCCUACCUCCCAGGCUCGCUGCUCUCUCUGCCCAGUGACAUUUAGCUUUCCUUUGAGUUUAGUUCUGCUUGUUAGGCCUGGAGAGCACAGGGAUCGUAGUUUCAUUGCUUUGUUCGAAUGAAUCUUGAAUCCAGCUUUGAGGGGGCUUUGAAUCUGUGCAGGCGCUUUGACUGGAGACCCCACUGGUGCUUUUUAGAGAGCUGCAGGUUCCAGAGAGUUUCUGUGUGUGUGGGCUGGACUGACAUCUUCUAAUCCCAGUGUUUCAAACUCACUCUGAUGUUUCUCACUCUCUUCUGCUUCCUGUUUCCUACAGCCUUGGCCUUCUGUGUCCAACCUAGCUAAAGACUUUAUCCGCGGCCUGCUUCAGGUCGACCCCACCACCCGUUUGACGGCAGACCAAGCCAUCCGUCACCCCUGGGUGGCUACUCUGGCAGCCGGCUCCUCCAUGAGAAACCUCCAUCGAUCUAUUUCCCGCAACCUGAGGCAGCGGACGUCCCGCAGCUCCUCACGGUGCCCGAGCAGCACCGCGAGCUCUGCCGGUUCUAACAAGUAA